CAUAGGGUAGUGGUAGUGACUGAUGGUGGCCACAGAGAUCAAAGCGUCAGAGGUGGUCAUAGGGUCGAUGGUGAUCUCAGAGCAGUGGGAUGGUGAAAAUAAUGUGGUAAAAAUGCCAGAACCCUCUGGAGUGGUUCCUUCUUGGGCGGUGCCUUGGCUUUCCUACUGCAGGCAGGAGGGACAAGCUGGCUCUCCCCUCCCCUCCCCUCCCCUCCCCUCCCCUCCCCUCCUCACUCUGGACCCGUUGCCCACUCCACCCUACUGCGGCCUCUCCAGGUACAAGGUGAAGGUGCUGGGCUACAACCUCAUGCAGACCAUGCACUUUGCAGUGGAGGAAAUCAACAAUGACAGCAGCCUGCUGCCCAGUGUGCUGCUGGGCUACGAGAUGGUGGACACCUGCUACAUGUCCAACAACGUCCAUCCUGUGCUCUACUUCCUGUCACAGGACGACUAUUUCCUGCCCAUCCAGGAGGACUACAGCCACUACGUACCCCGCGUGGUGGCCAUCACCGGCCCUGACAACUCCGAGUCCCCCAUGACCGUGGCCCACUUGCUCUCCCUCUUUCUCCUUCCACAGAUCACCUACGGUGCCGUCAAUGACCAGCUGCAUUUCCCAGCGGUGCUGCGCACGGCGCCAGGUGAGCAUCGCCAAAUGGAGGCCAUGGGGCGGCUGAUGCUGCACUUCCGCUGGAAUUGGAUCCUUGCGUUGACAGGCAGCGAUGACUGUGGCCGCGGCAGCAGCCAGCUGCUCAGCGAGCGCCUGGCCCACCAUGACAUCUGCAUCGCCUUCCAGGAGACGCUGCCCAUGCCGCAGCCCAACCGGACGAUGACGCAGCAUCGUCUGGAGGCGCCUGGAGGCCAUCGUGGCAAGCUGCAGCAGAGCAUGGCGCGCGUGGUGGCCGUGUUCUCGCCAGACCUGGCCCUGUUCAACUUCUUCCGCGAGGUUCUGCGCCAGAACUCCACGGGCGCAGCGUGGGUCGCCUCCGAACCCUGGGCCAUCGAGCCGGUCCUGCACCACCUCACCCAGCUGCGGCGCGCAGGCACCACCCUGGGCAUCGCUACCGGGCAGAGCGUGCCCAUCCCGGGCUUCAGCGAGUUCCGCGUGCGCCGCUCCCAGGUCAGCCGGCCCGCGCUCAACAGGACCAGCCUGGGGGCCACCUGCAACCAGGAGUGUGACACCUGUAUGGACACCACCGAGUCCUUCAACACCAUCCUCACGCUCUCCGGCGAACGCGUGGUCUACAGCGUGUGCUCCGCCGUCUACGCCGUGGCUCACGCGCUGCAGAGCCUCCUGGGCUGCAACCAGACAGGCUGCCACAAGGAGGUGGUCUACCCUUGGCAGCUACUUCCGGAGAUCUGGAAGGUCAACUUCACCCUCCUGGGCCACCAGAUCUUCAGUGAGCAAGGGGACCUGCCCCUGCACCUGGAGGUCAUCCAGUGGCAAUGGGACCUGAGCCAGAACCCUUUCCAGAGCAUCGCCUCCUACCAACCGUCGAAGCGGCAGCUGAAGGACAUUUGUGACAUCUCCUGGCACACUCCUAACAACAUGAUCCCUGUGUCUGUGUGUUCCAAGGACUGCCAGCCUGGGCAAAAGAAGAAGCCAGCUGGCAUCCACCCCUGCUGCUUUGAGUGUAUUGACUGCCUCUCUGGCACAUUCUUCAACCGAGCUGCAGGUGAAUUUGACUGCCAGCCCUGCCCAAGUUACGAGUGGUCCCGCAGGAAAGACACCUCCUGCUUCAAGCGGCAGCUGGCCUUCCUUGAAUGGCAUGAGGCACCCACCAUCACUGUGGUCGUGCUGGUUGCCCUGGGCUUCCUCAGCACCCUGGCCAUCUUGAUAAUCUUCUGGAGGCAGUUUCAGACGCCCAUGGUUUGCUCGGCUGGGGGGCCCGUGUGCUUCCUGAUGCUGACGCCGCAGCUGAUGGCAUACAUGGUGGUCCCCGUGUACGUAGGGCCGCCCAUGGUCUCCAUGUGCCUCUGCCUCCGGGCCUUCUUCACGCUCUACUUCACCGUCUGCAUCUCCUGUAUCACCGAGCUCUGCAUCUUCAAGAUGGCCAGACGCCUCCCACGUGCCUACGGCUUCUGGGUCUGCUACCAUGGGCCCUACGUCUUCGUGGCAUUCAUCACGGUGCUCAAGACGGUCAUCGUGGGGAGCAGUAUACUGGCCGUGACCACCAAUGCCACUGCCCGCCCUUACCCCGAUGACCCCAAGAUCACGACCCUGUCCUGCAACCCCAGCUACCACCGGGGGCUGCUGAUCCAUACCAGCCUGGACCUGCUCGUCUCCGUGCUGGGCUUCGGCUUCGCCUACAUAGGCAAGGAGCUGCCCACCAACUACUACAAGGCCAAGUUCAUCACCUUCUGCACGACCUUCUACUUCACCUCCUCCGUCUUCCUCUGCACCUUCAUGUCUGUCUACGAGGGGGUGCUGGUCACCAUCCUGGACCUCUUGGUCACUGUGCCUCACCUCCUGGGCAUCACCCUGGGCUACUUCGGCCCCAAGUGCUACACGAUUCUCUUCUACCUGGAGCGCAGCACGCCAGCCUACUUCAACAGCAUGAUUCAGGGCUACACCAUGGGGAGGGACUAGCACUCCUAUCAUCUGCCCAUUGGGAUGAGGGCCUCAGCGUUGGGAGAUGGAGGCCGGGGGCUUGCUUGUUCAACCCCAGAUGGAUGCAAGGAAGCCACCCACGAUUACCACCAUGCCCUGGUAUCUGAUUUGGCGUUCCUCCGAGGUUCUCUGCGUCCUGGCCAUUUUUACCCACCUAGCGAUGGAUGCCUAGAAACAUUUGCCCUUCAUUCCUUUCCCUCGAGCUGUUUAGCUUACCAGGCAAUGCCACCCCAUUCUAGAAAAACAACCCAAGGGGACCUAUUGGUCUCCAAGGACGUAGUCCAGUUUGGCAGCCUACGGGCGCCAUCUGGUGGUCACUCUGGGUACCUGCAGGUUCACGGUGAAGGACCGCCUGCUGGAGGGCUGGGCUGGGGUUGGAGGUUGUGAGCUCAAAUAAUGCUGCCCUGCCUCAUUCACUAGCUGCCCGUGUGUCCGCGUCUCAUCCCCAAGAUUCCCCCAGAGCACGAAUCCCUGGCUUCUCUGUUGUCUCUGAGUACGGCUGAGCCCAUAAAUGCUCGGGAAUAAA